CGGGGAAAAACUAUAAUAAUUGGUUAAAAUAAGUUAUACUUUCUUCUUUCCAAGCACCAAAGAGCACACCACACCAGCACUUUCAACAAUCAACAAUCAAAAACUUCAACUAUACAUAACUAAAACUACAACGUGUUGCAAAAUCCACAACACCAGUGAAGAAAAGCGCCAGAGCAGCGCAGCAGCCAACGUGAGCGUCAUCAUUGCCCUUCGCACGUCUCUGGGGCAAAACAACAACAAUGAUAACGAGGCUAUACCACACCGAAGAGGAUCCCGCCUACUGUUCGUUUAUCUGGGGGUCUAAUCUCAGCAGCUCCACUGAUGCUCUGGACGCAGCUGCCAAUGCCACGCCCGUCUUUGGCACCGACUUGCGCGAUGACAUCUACCGGGAUGUGGAGGAUCCACGUACGCAGACUCUCCGUGAGUACUGCUAUGGGAUUUUGCUGCCCAUCAUCUGUGCAAUGGGAAUCAUUGGCAAUGUACUCAAUUUAAUUGUGCUCACCCGUCGCAACAUGCGUGGCACCGCCUAUAUUUAUAUGCGGGCAUACUCCGCCGCAGCACUGCUUGCGAUUCUAUUCGCAAUACCCUUCGGCAUCCGUAUGCAGGUCCACAAAGAUCGGGGACAGUGGGAGGAGUUCGGUCCCGCCUUCUACACGGCUCACUUGGAACUCUACUUGGGCAACGGGUGCUUGGGUGUGGGCGUGAUGAUGCUUCUCGUACUGACACUCGAGCGCUAUGUCUCGGUAUGCCAUCCUGGAGUCACGCGCCCCGUCAUGGGGCGGCCUGGAUUGGUGGUCUUUCUCACCUCUUUGGUUACCAUCAUCGCGUACUUGCCGAGCAUCUUCCGGGGCGAGCUGAUUAAGUGCAUUCUCUCCUCUCCCGAUGUCUAUGUUUAUCUACGACGCGAUAACACUAUCUACCAGCAAACCAUGUUCUACAAGGUAUACAAGAUCAUGCUGGAGAUGGUCUUUAAGUUGAUUCCGACAGUGGUGAUCGGAGGCCUGAACUUGCAGAUUAUGAUUGUAUACCGACAAACUUGCGAACGCCGCCGCCAAAUGGUUUUGACCCGGGCCAACUCGAACUUCCACAAGGACGAUGACCCGAGGAAGUUUGCGGAGGAGCGUCGUUUAUUUCUUCUGCUGGGUAGCACAUCGAUCCUAUUCUUGGUCUGCGUUUCGCCGAUGGCUAUACUUCACAUGACCAUCGCUUCGGAAGUGUAUCCGAGCUUCCCGUUUCAGGUCUUCCGUGCCAGUGCUAAUCUUUUGGAACUGAUCAACUAUUCGCUUACCUUCUACAUCUACUGCCUCUUCAGCGAGGACUUCCGCAAUACCCUCUUCCGCACCUUCAAGUGGCCCUGGCUGAAGGGACAGUUGUGCCACCAGGUGGACCUGGAGCCCGUCCAGACAGAAAGGGGCAUGCCAAUGGUGCACUUCGCGAAGGUGUCCAAGCAUCCCCAUUUCAACCGCAAUAAAACAGAUACCACCACAUCGAGCCUUGAUUUGGGACGCUCUACCAGCAUCUAGCCUCGACAGAUUAACCCAUACAUUACCACCACGACCGUUUAAGCACUCAAGCACAUCCCAUCUACCCUGCAGACACCACCUUUACACACUCCAAGAUCGAGCCCGAGUCUGAGACUUACCCUGUCAAUAUCAAGCAUUAAGUUUGAACUUUCAAUAACGAUAGCGCGUAUUCAUGACGACUAACGUACAAAAAUCAUGUCUUUGUCUUUUGAAUGUCUAGAUGUCCACU